CCGAGCGACCAACAACCAACUUCAUCAAACUCAACCGGUCCAUAUUCUCUCCACCAUGGUUGCUGAAGUUAUUGACGGGAACGCAAUUGCCAAGGCAAUUCGCGAGUCCAUCAACGCCGAAAUUGGCUCCAUCCAGACCGUCAACCCGCUCUUCAAGCCUUCGCUUACCAUCAUCCAAGUUGGCGCCCGCCCCGACUCGAGCACCUAUGUUCGCAUGAAGCUCAAGGCUGCUGAGGAGGCCAACAUUGUUUGCACCCUCCAGAACUUCCCCGAGGACAUUACCGAGAGCCAGCUCCUCUCUGAAAUUGCGACCCUCAAUGAUGACACCUCAGUACACGGCAUCCUCGUCCAACUCCCCGUCCCCGCCCAUAUCUCGGAGAUUGCCGUCACCAACGCCGUCGCGCCCGAGAAAGACGUCGACGGAUUCGGACCCCUCAACACCGGCGAGCUCGCCAAGCGGGGGGGCUCCCCUCUCUUUGUGCCCUGCACUCCCAAGGGUAUCAUGGUCCUGCUUGAGAAAGCUGGUGUUGAGCUUGCUGGCAAGCCCGUCGUCGUCCUCGGACGCAGCGACAUCGUCGGCGCUCCCGUCGCCUCGCUCCUCCGCAACGCUGACGCGACCGUCACCGUGUGCCACUCGCACACCGAGAACAUCGAGAAGUACCUCAAGGAGGCCGACGUCGUCGUCUCUGCCAUAGGGAAGCCCCAUUUCGUCAAGGGCGAAUGGCUCAAGCCUGGUGCGGUCGUCAUCGACGUCGGCACAAACUACAUCCCCGACGCGACCAAGAAGUCUGGCCAACGUCUCGUCGGCGACGUCGACUACGAGUCCGCCGCUGCUGUGGCCUCAAAAAUCACCCCCGUGCCCGGUGGAGUUGGUCCCAUGACUGUCGCCAUGCUUUUGCAGAACGUCGUCGAUGCUGCUAAGCGCUACUACGCCGAGCAGGCCAAGCGCCACAUCACUCCCCUGCCCAUCAAGAUCCUCGACAAGGUCCCCAGCGACUUUGAGAUCUCGCGCAACCAAAAGCCCAAGAACAUCCGCGUGCUCGCAAAGGAGAUUGGCAUCACCGAGAACGAGCUCGAGAACUACGGCGCCUACAAGGCCAAGAUCCAGCUCUCGCUCCUCGACCGUCUCGCCCACCGCAAGAACGGAAAGUACGUCUUGGUCACCGGCAUCACGCCCACUCCUCUCGGUGAGGGUAAGUCGACCACCACCGUCGGCCUCGUGCAGGCGCUCGGUGCGCACCUCGGCAAGAUCGCGUUCGCAAACGUUCGCCAGCCGUCUAUGGGCCCGACUUUCGGUAUCAAGGGUGGUGCUGCCGGUGGUGGAUACUCGCAGGUCAUCCCUAUGGACGAGUUUAACAUGCAUCUUACCGGUGACAUCCACGCCAUCGGUGCUGCUACCAACUUGCUCGCUGCCGCCAUCGACACGCGCAUGUUCCACGAGCGCGCGCAGAAGGAUGGCCCGCUUUACAAGCGUCUCGUCCCGGCCAAGCGGGGGGUUCGCAAGUUCUCGCCCGUCAUGCUCCGCCGUCUGAAGAAGCUCGGAAUCGACAAGACCAACCCCGACGACCUCACGCCCGAGGAAAUCUCCAAGUUUGCCCGUCUCGACAUCGACCCCGCCACCAUCACCUGGCGCCGCGUGGUCGACUGCAACGACCGUCAUCUUCGUGGAAUCACGAUCGGUCAGGGUCCCGCUGAGAAGGGCCACACGCGCGAGACAGGAUUCGAUAUCACUGUCGCGAGCGAGUGCAUGGCCGUUCUCGCGCUCUCCAACUCGCUCACCGACAUGCGCGAGCGUCUCGGCCGCAUGGUUGUUGCCUCGUCCAAGUCUGGCGAGCCCAUCACUUGCGACGAUAUCGGCGCCGGUGGCGCGCUCACCGCGCUCAUGAAGGAUGCCAUCAAGCCCACUAUGAUGCAGACGCUCGAGGGAACCCCUGUCUUUGUGCACGCGGGCCCGUUCGCCAACAUCUCGAUUGGCGCGAACUCCGUCUUGGCCGACAAGAUGGCCUUGAAGCUUGCCGGAACCGAGCCCGGCGAGGACGAGGCCGAGAAGGCCGGAUACGUCGUUACCGAGGCUGGUUUCGAUUUCACCAUGGGUGGUGAGCGAUUCUUCAACAUCAAGUGCCGCUCGAGCGGGCUUGUUCCCGACGUUGUCGUCAUCGUCGCGACUGUCCGUGCGCUCAAGCUCCACGGAGGCGGUCCUGAUGUCACCCCCGGUGUUGCUCUUCCCGAGGUCUACCGCAAGGAGGACGUCGAGCUCCUUCGCAAGGGCUGCGCCAACCUCGGCAAGCACAUCGCCAAUGCCAAGCAGUACGGUCUGCCGGUCGUCGUCGCCAUCAACAAGAUGGAGACCGAUACCGAGGCUGAGAUCCAGUGCAUCCGCGAGGAGGCCAUCAAGGCUGGUGCCGACGACGCCAUCCCGUCCAACCACUGGGCCGAGGGUGGCAAGGGCGCUGUCGAGCUUGCCGAGGGCGUCGUUGCCGCUGCGAACAAGACGGAGGGCAAGGACUUCAAGCUGCUGUACGAUCUCGAGCAGUCCGUCGAGGACAAGCUCAACGCGAUCGCGACCAAGAUGUACGGCGCCGAGAAGGUCGAGCUCAGCGAUCUUGCGCGCGAGAAGGUCGAGACCUACACGCGCCAGGGCUUCGGCAACCUGCCUAUCUGCGUCGCCAAGACGCAGUACAGUCUGUCGCACGACGCCGCGCUCAAGGGCGUGCCUUCCGGAUUCACUGUUCCUAUCCGCGACGUGCGCGCGUCGGUCGGUGCGGGAUACCUGUAUGCUCUUGCGGCCGAGAUCCAGACGAUUCCUGGUCUGCCCACGCACUGCGGUUUCAUGGACGUCGAGGUCACCGACGACGGCGAGAUCGAGGGCUUGUUCUAAGCUGUCUUGUGUUGAGCGAUGUGAGGUGGAAGCCCAUUCAACUGUGACUUUCAUGCUCGAAAAAAAAAGAGAAAAUGAGCGGUGCUGUUUUGUACUCUGCUUGUGUUAAAUAUGUGCUCUUUGUUUUGAAAACUAUAACUUGUUAAUCUGAGGUCUUUCUUCAUGUGUUUAUAUGAUACUCUACUCUAGUCUACUACCAUAUUCUUUAUUCUGUUUGCAAAUCUGCUGUUUUUUUAUUUUGAAAAAGUUGGGACACGCGAUUUCAUUCAACUGGCGCAUUGGUCGAUUCUAUAUAUUUUCUUUUAUUUUUCCCCUUUUAUAUAUUAUAUUUUUAGUCGAAUGAAAUGCUUAUGCAGAUAUCAGAUAUCAGAUGGAUUGAAGGCGUAGUUUAG